CCACUUGUCAUCAUCCACAAUCCUGAAAGAAAAAUCAACAAUAUGUAACCGAAUCUGCAAUCUGUGGCUACGAAUGUGAAAUUUUCCUCUGAAAUUAUAGGGAAAAAGUGAGGUCCAAUUCAACACGAAAAUCUAAAUCAUUAAAUUUACCAGAAACGAAAAUAAUUAAACUAAAACUUAAGAAAAAAAAGACGCGACAUUUUUUCAUGCAGUCGUGGUGACCUUUAAUAGUGAAAAAAACAAACAAAACAGAUUAAACAAACAUGCAUUUUACACUGACAUGGCGAAGAUGGAGAAACACCGACAAUGCAAAUGCCAUUAUCGGUAUUGUCAGAUACAUCCCGUACGUCGCGUGUGUGAUCAGCCUGAAGAUCUACGUCAUGAUGCUCCUCGUGCACAAGAGAGACUACGCUCCGGACUAUGCUGACUACGAUGACUAUGCUGCGAGAUUGGGGGGCGAGAGGCAGGCCGCGAGUCGGGUGGACCCCACCACCACCACGACAGCCGAGCCGGAGGACCCUUUUUGGGACGAGAAGCAAAGGAUCCUGUCACGCCUGAACGACACGGUCCUUCAGCCCAGCGCCUUCAACAGGACACCGGACACCAUCUGGCUCUUCUACAACAGGAUUCCUCGCACGGCCGGACAGACGGUGGUGUCCCUUCUGAAGUCCUUGUCGGGAGACCUCGAUUACCAGCAUCAGGAACAUGUUUACAGGACGCCUUGGCAACGUCUGAUGAGCGAAGAGGAACAGAAGAAUUUAGCCACGUGGUUCGAGUACAACUUUUGGCCCAAAACCUACGACCGAUUUUCUCUCUUCAUCAACUUUACGGAGCAUCGUAGCCCGUACGUGAAACUUCGCCCGGCCUACAUGACCUUGGCGCGCGACCCGGUGGACAAGUUCAUCUCGUAUUUCCGCUUCAAACGCGUCGACAGCGAACGAGUCAAGACCGAAAUGUCGGCGAGGGAGCGACAGCAGCCGGGGACAGGACGCAAGUGGUACUGGAAGAAACUCGAGGACUGUGUACUGAAGGAGGACCCAGAGUGUGAAUUUCGAGAAGGAUCUGAGACCUACAUCUCGGCUAUUCCUUUCCUGUGUGGACAGCAUGACUAUUGCCUGAAACACGGUAAUUUGUGGGCUCUACAGAAGGCGAAAUUCCACGCAGAAUAUGAAUACUCCGUCAUCGGCCUGGUGGAGCACUGGAACACAACACUGGCGGUCCUCGAGCAUUUCCUGCCCAGCUUCUUCCAGGGCGUUCAACAGCGCUACUGGGAAGCAGGCUUCCAGGACAAACGUACCGUCAACAAGAAUCCAAAGAAGUACAAGCCAGUCUCUGAAACAGUCCUCAAGAUCCUCAAGGACAAGAUGGCCCUCGAAUAUGAGCUUUACGAGUUCCUCAAGCAGAGGCUUCACCAGCAGUUCGACAGUAUUGCUGAUCUCCUCAAGCUGCCGACAACAAAGAUUCAUUCCAGGUCGACGGAAAAGGCAGCCUUGAGCUCAUGGGAUAGAAUGGAUAUAGAGCUCAGGCAUUAGGCUUUUUAAAUCCAGGGGACCAUCGACAUUCACUAGAUUUAGGAAUAACACAGUCAUGGGUUUUGCCUCUCAUUCCAUUGCCCUUCAGGCUUUCAUGCUUUCAUGCAAUCCAUACUUCCUGCUUCUAAAAAAUGUAUUUCUAUAAACUGCUCUGAGUAUCCGUCCAAAGUAAUAAUUAAUUACUCAAAUACUGAACAAAAUAUGGGAAUCAAGCAUUUCCAGGCUGCAGAUAUGGGGGUUAACAGAUCUUGGUUCUUCAGGUAUGUUUUAAACUGAGAACUGCCCAGUUAACAAAUACAGCCAUCCUUACAGUAUGCAAUAAAUUAUAAAAAUGAUAAAAAUGCAAUUUCCAUAGAGCAAUUUUUGCACUUAUAAACAAGACAAGAUAUCAGAUAAUCUCAUGACACAGUACCUCUUGCAAAGAGCAAAAAACUGUUUAAUAACACUUUUGACAGAAGAAAGCAGAAUAAGAGUAUGUAACUUCAUGAAGAAAGCAAACACUAUGGUAUUCAUCCAAACUUCAAGAUCAUAUUAAAGAAGAACUUCAACAAGUAGAAAAAUACAACUAUUUUGGCUGCAUCUUAACCUAAAACUGCAGAUGCAAUAAUAAAACAAAAAUAAAUAUUACCAUAGCAAAAAAAACAUUUACAGAAAUAUCAAGCAUCCUCACAAAUAAAAUGCCUUCAAAAGAAACCAUUAGAGCCAUUAGAUACAUAAAAUCUACCUUGACAUACAGAUACAAAUCUUGAACAUCAAGCGAGUAAAGUACAAAUUGCCUGGAAGCGAUGGAGUUCUAUAUUCAUCACAAAAUGAACAAAAUGCCAUGGACGGAUAAAUUGCACUUGGAGAAAGGAGAAGCCCUAUAAGAACAAUCCACCAAAGACAAUUCCAUAGAAGAAAUAGGUCAAGGAGGAAGAGGGGCAGGUCAAAGAGGAAAAGGAAGACAGAAACAGGAACUCAUACAGCGUCUGGUAUUCAGGAAAGGCUUGCGAAGGCUGAGAGUUGCUGCAGCUGGCGAGGGACUUUUCCCAAAGACACGGUCGCCAAUGUCAUACUGAUAUGUCAGCACUUCAAGAAGAUACAUACACUUGGGCUUUAACAUUCACCUCCAAAUGCCCUUAAAUAAGUGGUGGUUGUUGCACUCAGUUGCACUUGUUGGUUUACAGAAAGCACAAAUAAAUAGCCGAUUAUUUUUCCUAUAGCCAAGAUUCAAGUAUUUGUAUCAUCAAGAAGUCUUAGAAGUAAUCUAUAAAUAUUUUUAUAGAAGUACAGAGAAAUUCUAUUAUUCAAGUUUCUUUGAGUCAUUACUUGUUAUCUUAUAAAAAAAAUAAUCAUACCAGUGUAUUAUAUCCGUGUAUGUAUAAUGCCACAUGCAUUUUCUUUUGUAAAUAUAUUUAUACGCUCUCAUUAAAAUAAACCAUCUUACAAA